AUGCAUUCCUCCACCAUCGCUCUUAUCACCGGCUUCUUGGGAGUCGCUGCCGGCCAGUGUCCUGCUGUGUGGACCGACGUUGCCACUGAUCUGAAGGCAUUAUUUGUCGACAGCAAUGGUGCUGCGACGGAUGACGCACGCGCGGCCAUCCGAACAACAUUCCAUGACUGUUUUCCCGAAGCAUGCGAUGGUUCACUCAUACUAGCUGGCGAGUGCAGUGAUCGUGGUGAGAACAGCCAGAUGGUGGGAAUUUGCUCUACCCUUGGAGACAAGGCCACGCAGUACAACGUGAGCACAGCCGAUACCAUCCAGCUAGCUGCCGCGCUCGGUGUAGCAGCUGCUCUGGGCCCGACCAUCGCCUUCAAAGCUGGCCGAGUGGACUCAAGCACUGCCAACCCGACAGGCCAAAUACCAGGCGCCAACGCAGCGGCCGACUCGAUCGUUUCGGAUUUCGAGGCCAAAGGGUUUACUGUCACGGAGCUCAUUGCACUGAUCGGCGCUCACAGCGCGGCCAAAAACCUGGCUGGUGUCGCUCUCGAUUCCACAGUCGAUGAUCUAGACACCAACUUCUACUCGGAGACCACUGACGGCACCGCGCCUGCGAGUCUCCAGAGUGAUAUCAACCUGAGCAAUUCCAGCACUACCAGCGGCGAUUGGACGACCUUUGCCGGCAGUCUGAGUGACUGGCAAGCUGCGUUUGUGCCAGCCAUGGAGAAACUAGGCCUCAUGGGCGUGGACGAGGCUAGUCUGACUGAUUGCUCGAGUGUCGUUACGGCUGCCUUUUCGUCUCGGAAAGCUCGCGGGGACCCUUUUGCUGCAUCCACUCGAGCGGUUGCUGGACGCAACCCUCACGGUAUGGCUGCCGGAGCAUCUUGGGUGGCCAAAGUACAUGUUUGA